AUGAGUUUUGAGGACCUCCUGCAGGAAGUAGGUGGAUUUGGGAAAUACCAGGUACUGGUGGUGUUGAUGCUUUGUCUGCCCAGACUAGUUAUUCCCAUGCACUUUCUGCUGCACAAUUUUAUCUCCGCCUCUCCACCCCACCACUGUGCCAUUCCAGACUUUGCUGGCAUUUCCAAUAUCAGCCAAGAGGAGAUUUUCCGCACUGUCCUCCCAAGAGACCCCGAUGGGGGGCUGAGCCCCUGCAAGGUGUUUUCGAGUCCUUGGUCUCACUCGCUGGUCAACUCUUCCUGGGAGCUGCAUGAUGCUUCAUCUACCCAGAGCUGCUGGCAGGGAUGGGUGUACGAUGCCACUCAGUACGUCUCGACCACCGCCACCGAGUGGGACCUGGUGUGUGAGAAGAAGGCCUUGAACCAAGCAAUCGCUACUUUCUUCUUCAUUGGUGUCACCUUUGGGGCUGUGCUUUUUGGCUACUUGUCUGACAGGUUUGGCCGGCGCAAGACGCUUGUGCUCUCGUUAUGCAUCACGCUGUUCUUUGGGACCAUGUCGGCAUUUUCGAUGUCCUACCCGAUGUUCGUCGUCAUGAGGUCUCUUUGUGGAAUGGGGCUCACGGGGUUGUCCAUCAUCUCCAUGAUAUUAGCUGUGGAGUGGACGGACAUCAAGCACCGCACCUUCUGCGGCACCGUCAGCAGCCUUUCCUGGUCUGUUGGGUACAUGCUCCUGGCACUGGUGGCCUACUUGAUCCGGUCCUGGCGCUGGCUUGUGCUGGCGGUCACGUCUCCCUGCCUCCUCGGCAUUGCGGUUUGCUGGUGGCUGCCCGAGUCAGCCCGGUGGCUCCUGAUGAGGAAGGAGGUGAAGGCUGCCCAGAGCUCCCUUUGCAGGUGUGCCAGGGUCAAUGGCAGAGGAGACAUCUGCUCCCGGAUCACGCCAGAAGUCCUGCAGGAGGCUGUGGCCACAGACAAGUCCAGGACCUGUUCCUACUGGCACUUGGUGAAGACUCCCGAGCUGAGAAAGACCACGCUCUGCUCCUCCAUGGUUUGGUUUGGUGUUGCAUUUACUUACUAUGGCAUCAGUCUAAACAUCACCGGCUUUAGCUUGGACCCGUACCUGACACAGUUAAUCUUCGGGGCCAUCGAGGUUCCGGCCAAACUCAGCGUGUAUUUCGUCCUGGAUCGCAUUGGGCGCCGGCGCUGCCAGUCCUGGUCCUUGAUAGCCACCGCAUCCCUGAUUGUACUGAAGACGGCCAUCCCCGCAGAGCACGGACACCUCCGGUUAGCUGUGGCCCUCUUGGGGAAGGGUUUCUCGGAAAUCUCCUUCACUACUGCCUUCCUAUACACAGCUGAACUUUACCCCACUGUACUCAGGCAAAGUGGCAUCGGCUGCUGUUCAUUUGUGGCCCGGAUUGCCAGCUCUGUGGCUCCUCUGAUCAUGUUGCUGGAGGACACAUGGAGAUACCUCCCGCCGAUGAUUUUCAGCGUGAUGGCUGGCUUAGCCGGGUUGGCGGCCUUCUUGCUAACGGAGACCACCAACGUCCACUUGCCGGACACCAUACAAGACGUGGAGAAUGGCAGGUAG